AAUCGUAGAUGGAUAGCUCCUGGAAGCAGCUACUGCCGCCAUUAAAGGGCGAGUAUUGUCCGUGGAGGCGUUUGACAGAAAGCACCACAAGACGUAUCUCACAAUCGACAAACUGCUGAGCAGCGGCACUGAGAUGGAUGAAUUUACGCAUUACACGAACUGGUUAACAGAAACCAUGGCGAGUUCGAACCAGCAAGAUGUACAGAUAUCAUUUCGUGCUUUGAAGAUACGAGACGCGAAAAUUCAAAUGAUUCUAAACAUGCUGCUGCUUGAUCUCGAGAAAAACCCUUCCAGAUACCAAAAGAGGCAAAAGACAGCCGAAGAAAAAGGCGAAGAAUCCAAGGUGAAUGUCGACAGUCUACCAUUCGAUAACCCUCGCGUACAAUGGGAAGUCUACCUGGACCGAAUCCUGCUGUGGAAAAGCAUCGAUGAUGUGACCGAUAUUCUCCAAGAGCGAGAUGCUCAUGCAGCGAGCCAUAAUCUGAAACGUCUCGACGUUUCCGAUCUGUCAAUGGAAAACUUCUAUUCAUACCUAAAAGAAUGCUUUGAUUUACUGCCAGAGUUGAUGAAAAAUAUGCGGGAUAAACUGUAUGACGACGAUUUGUAUGAGGAGCAAUCGCAACGAAGUAAUCAACAGCGGCCAAGAUUAUCCUCAAUGGACCGACCUGGGGCAUCAAGAUCAAGGACUCAGUCAAUGAAAACGCAGAGCCGAAAAAGUGGGAAACGGAAAGAAAUACCAACGAACCACACGAGACCUGCAGCGAAAAGAACAGCAAGCAUUACAUCUGUCUUGGGGGACCAAAUUUCGUCAAGCGUUCAUGAUACCGAUACCAUGUCACUACAUACGUCCUCACAACCACGAACCUCGAUGACAAGCAGCACAUCUACCAAGCAGAACCGAGGUUCGCCAAGUAUCAGCGGUUCCAAUAACGACUCACUGCAUACAUCUUCACGACGGCGAACUUCGCUGACACGCACUACCUCUAGUAUGCAAAUCAGAGCUUCACCGGGCACGACUACUGAUACUACCUCACAUCAUAAACCUCCACGGCGUCAAGUUUCAUUUACGAAAUUCCCAUUUGCAAAACGGGAGAUAGAUUUUUCGCAGCCUCGGAAAGGUAAAGGGCGAGCAGGACUGAGUGAAGCGACGCGAACAGCUGUGGCCAAAGUGGAACGGACAACGGCACUUGCUGGCCGGCCGACAAUGGUGCGAUCCGGAAGUUUUACCAAGAGUGCCUCUUCUAUACAGAAACCGGUUGUGAUUUCUCGUGAUGUGACAACAACGGUCAUUGUACGCAAACCUGAACGUCUCUCUCCAACCACACCUCGCACGCGUCUGGCCCGGGAAUUGGGAGUUGAUGAUAUGUCGCACAUGGAAAUGACAAGUCCUUCAGCCAUUCACAGUAUAGUAAUGACAUCAGACGGUAAAGUUGCUGAUCCAUUUUCAAGCAAUAUCAACCACGUUUCCGUUCCGACGCCUCCAUCGGGUGGUCGCCCUUUGUUCUUUACUCCUUUGAGAGCUGCGGAACCACCGCCUGCUUUACAAUUGAACUACGAUAUGUUAUUCAAUGAAGAUGGUACGAGCUUAAAUCCUGGAAUGUUCCAAGGGAUUGAUCCUCAAAAAAAUAUCUUUUCACCGGAAUAUACGGGUUCGCCUUCCGGAAUUCCUGCCGAUGACGCGCACGUAAACGGGAAGACAACCGAAGAAAAUCUUAUUGCCCAAACUAUGGACCGAAAACCUCACAUUUUCGUUGCCAGUAACAGUCCCGAUAUUUUACGCAAGCAACGAAAUGUACCUCGAGAACGAAUUCAAGUAGAAGGCUCAAGACCAUGCUUAAUGGAAAGACUGCUUGCGGCUAAAAAGGAAGAGGAACAGCGAAACUUAUAUCCUCCAGAAAGCCCUGGUACUGUAAGGAGAGAACAAGAGAGGCGUGCGCAACGAUUUGAAGAGUUGUUUAUCCACGGAACUAUCCCCUACGAACCUUUGAAAUUACCUGAUGUCAAUACUGAAGACGAAUCUUGGGAUUCCAUUGAUCCUUUCGCAUAGAAAUAACUGACAAAAGGCUGCACAUGGGCCUUGGAAAUUUGAGCUGACGAAUUGAAUUAUUCGAGUGAAGGUAGACUUCGGUCAUGAUCGUUGCUGGCUCUCGGUAUGCAAAACACCUUCGUUUAUUUAUUAUAGUACUGUUUUGUUGUCCCCACCUCGGAGUCGAAUGUGCCAAACCUGAGUUGGAUUGAAAUCAAUCUAAAUUCUCUUGCCAGAUGUUAUAAAUGUCUUAGUUGUAAUAUAGCCAGAAAG